AUGCCCAUAGCAAAGAUGGCAGCCAAAGCGCUCGCGCAAUGUGGUGCGAGAAACAAAGGGCUACAGUCCUAACCGUUUGCAAGAAAGACUUCCGAUUCCCGAAUGCAAUUGGUUGAAGCCCCCAUAUGCGGGACAAAAGCAAUGGAAAUACAGAGGAAUUAAUAUGAAAUUACGGGUUUAAAUUUCUCCGUUCUGCCUCCUUCCUUCUUUCCCGUCCAAUACAAUCAUAACCAGUUUGUGAGGAGGAGAAGGGAACAUUCUUACUGCAAGACACUGCUACGAAAGGGGGUAUCUUACUCUGCCCUGUUUUAUUUAAACUUCUAUUUUGACUCCGACAAUUUUCAUCACUCUUGGAACAUUCUAAUCGAAAACUGUCAGCUCUGUGCGACACUCCUAUUUACAUCUCUUCGAAGGGAGUCACGGUCGUCGCGUCGACCAGAAAGUUGCCGAGUGCAAUUUGCACUGCGAGAUAUAUGCCCUCAACCACCCGCAGCUGCAAGGUUCAACAAAGAAAAAAUGGCUCCUUAAAAAGGGAAGUGUAUAUAAGCCCGUUUCCCGAAAGGCGAUUGUCUCCACCCCCACUCAGAGCCGAUUGGCGAGCAAAUCUACCCUUUGAAAUUUGAUUGGUUGUUUUUGAGGUGGAGGCGGGAGUCGUGGUUUGGGGCAGGUGAUCAGGAAGGAAGUCGAGAAAACAGAUUUGUUGAGUUGAACUGCAAAGUUUCAUUUCAGAUGGCUCCAGCUGAGGACAGGGGGCCAGCUGAAGUAUGUGAGGAAUUGGACCAGCUCAUUCUUCACCUUUUUGAUGUUCUGGAGACGCUCCAAACCAAGAGGGAAGCUUUUAACGCCAUGGUAGAGCAGGGUUGGUUCUCGCUCUCCAAGACCCGCUAUGCUAUGGGUAAUAAAUCUGUCUCUGCCCUGCAGUUUGGGCAUCAGAUGACUCCAUUGGUUCAGGUGAACACUAGUAAGAAAGAGAAGGGUCAGGUGGAAUUUCAAGUGGUCUCGGACAAUACAGAUGCCUCCAGAGAAAAGGCUGAAAAUACAGCUGUUGUGGAGGAAAUCGGCCCCCAUGAACAAGUUGUACGACGGCGAAAGGGCCCAGGAAACGCCAAGGUUCCAGACGCGCCUCAGGAUGCAACUUCUAAACCUGCAGAGGGAUUAGGGAAGCAAGACCCCCUAACUUGGUUUGGAAUCCUUGUGCCACAGAGUCUGCGACAGGCACAAAAGUCUUUCCAAGAAGGAAUCCACUUGGCUGCAGAGAUUGCCUCAUUACAGAGUGACCUUGAGACCACUAGGAGACAAUACCACACAUUGCUGGGGGAAAAGCGCUGCCUUUUAGCCAGAGAAAAACAGAGCUGAUCUUGACAAGCUAUGGGCACCUCUUUACCAAGACCAUAGAUAAGAAUGUGGGGAAUAACAGGCUGUAUUUAUUGAUACUGUGUUUUGUUUUGUUUUUCAUCUCGCUCUGGAACAGGUUGAAAUAGUACUGAUGUUUCAUCUUUGUAUGUUUUCUUGAAUCGUUAAAAUAAAAAUCCUAAUACACAGAUGAAUCCAA